GCAUUUAUCCUUGUAGGCCUUGAGUGCUCCUGAGGAGCUUCGGCCUCUUUAUGAAUCAUCCAAACUUGUUGCACAAAAGAUGACAGUUGCUGCACUGCAUUACAUUAGGAGAAUAGCUCGAGAAAGAAGUUGUGAGGUAGGACAUGGCAAGGAACCUCCCUUACGAACCUUCAGCCAAAGAUUGAGCAGGGGCUUCAAUGAUGCGGUCAGUGGAUUCAAUAAUGAUGGUUGGUCAUUGAUGAGCUAUGGUUCUGCUGAAGAUUUAGUAAUUUCUAUUAACACAACCAAGAAUUUUGGGACCAUUUCAUAUCCUGUUGAUCCUCAACCUCUAGUUGGAGGAAUCCUUUGUGUGAAAGCCUCCACACUACUCCCAGUGAGUUUUAAAAUAGAAAUUUAAGUAAUGCUGUCUGUA